AUGGCCACGCUGAGAAAAAAGCCAUUCUUUGGGCUUACUGGAGGAUGGCUCACUUUCUGGAUAACGGUUGCCUGUGCAACAGACAUGUCCUUGUUCGGCUACGACCAGGGAGUCUUCAGUGGUGUGGUAAUAAGCCAAGACUUUCUCGAAGUCCACGAUCUGGUUGGACCGACGAAAACCAAUACUCUUUCCACCGUGACCGCCAUAUACGACAUUGGCUGCUUCAUUGGUGCUAUUGUUGCCUUUACCAUUGGAGAAAGAUUAGGGCGAAAAAAGUCCAUUAUAUUGGGGACAUUGAUCAUGGCUGUGGGUACCAUUCUACAAGCAAGCUCGUUCAGUUUGGCACAGAUGUUUGUUGGGCGAAUUGUGCUUGGAAUCGGCAACGGAGUCAACACGGCCACUGCACCAAUUUGGCAGACGGAGACAUCACAGUUAAAGUGGCGUGGCAAACUUGUCGUAUUCGAGAUGAUGAUGAAUAUCGCAGGUUUUUGCCUCGUCAACUGGAUUAACUACGGUUUCUCUUUUAUUGGUGGAUCUGUUGCCUGGCGUUUCCCACUAGCCUUCCAAUUUAUCUUUUUAUUUAUUCUAAUAUCUACUACACCAUGGCUACCGGAAUCCCCUAGAUGGCUUCUCGCUCAUGGGAGAGAAGAAGAAGCGAUCGAGGUACUCAGCUGUUUAGAAUCGAAGCCGGCCAAUGACCCUUUCAUUAUUACACAGUGCCGUGAAAUCAAUUUCAGUGUUCGCUACGAGCGCGAAAAUGCCGUACGGUGGAGAGAUUUAUUACGAAAGAAAGCCAACACGACCAAGACCCUCCGAAGGCUUGUUCUCGGCGCUGGGAGUCAAUUUAUGCAACAAUUUGGAGGCAUUAAUAUCAUGUCCUAUUAUUUGCCAACAGUGCUGAUCAACUCUGUUGGCCUCACCGAAGAGAUGGCCCGGUUACUAUCAGCUUGUAAUGCCGUCUCAUACCUAUUUUUUUCUGGUAUUGCCGUCUUGCUGAUCGAAAGAUUGGGUCGCCGGUGCCUAAUGAUGAUUUCAACAUUCAGCCAAUUCUUUUGUUUCCUCGUGAUUAGCAUUUUGCUGUGCUUUUCUGAGUCAAGCGAUGAGAGGGAGAAAUAUGCAUCGGCAUCGGUCGCCUUUUUCUUCCUCUAUUAUGGUGCCUUUGGAAUCGGAAUGCUUGGUAUUCCAUGGCUGUACCCGACCGAAAUCAAUUCUUUACCUAUGCGAACAAAGGGCGCAGCUGUUGCAACUGCGAUGGAUUGGAUUACCAAUUUUGUCAUUGUCGAGAUAACUCCGAUUGGUAUUCAGAGCCUACGCUGGAAAUUCUGGCUCGUUUGGACCGCAACGAAUGCUGCAUUCCUACCAAUUCUCUACUUUUUCUAUCCCGAGACUGCGAACCGGAGCCUUGAGGAUAUGGACGCUUAUUAUAGAUCGAAUCCACCGUUGAUAGUCACGAAGGACCCAGACGCUAUUUGUCGAAAACGUCCUCAGAAAUACAUCGACCACGAGGCUAGCGUUAUCGAGAAGACAGUUGCAGGUUUGAAUUACCCCUCAGAUGGGACGGUGAGCCAUGUUGAGCAACUCGAAGCAGAGGCCGACAAGGAAUGA